CCCAUCUCGAGUCCAGCAACAGACCGACCUGAACCGGCGCGUCGGACCAAGCACAAGCACCGAGCGACUCCGGCGAGAUGAUGUCGCCGAAGCCCACCGCCUCCGCAGCGGCGGACGGCGGCGGCGGCGCCUCCAGCUCUCGCUCGGCCGCCACGGCGAGGUCAACACCGUUGCAAGUGAUUCAUAUCUUGGGAAACUUUAUGAGAAUUUGGUCUGUUUACUCGUUAUAUAGCUACUUAUCCAACAGUGGGGAUUCAAUAGUUGGCUUUAUCUUCAGCUGUCUUGUACCCACUUCAGUCAUAUUCUUGGUCUUACAGAAGCCUUGGAAAGGCCGGCCUUUGCCCAACUCGCAGGUUGUUCCGACAGUUGUCAAUGGAGGAAUCCUGGCAUUAUACUUUGUAUUGUGGGGUAAAGGACUUCUUGCUUGUGGCCCACUAAUCGCUCUGCUGGCGGAGUAUGCAGGUGCUGUUCUUGGAGUUCUCUCUGCUGCUUUAUAUGGAAGGAAAGUUAAUAUCUGGAAAAAGAUUGGGGGCCUUGCUGCUAUGUUGGUAGCAUAUUAUCUCUUAUCAAAUGGAUGGUCUACAAGAACCCAUUCGCCACUAUAUAGCUUUGGAAGUGAACCACUGGAGAAAGCAACACAAACUAUUGGAAUGAAAGAAAUGGUGGUGCCAAUUACUGCUGGGAUUUUAUCUGCUUUAAGGAGAGUAUUAGCUCGGCGUGUUUCUCUCAAGAAUCAACUUAAAAGGCGACUUCAUGCUAUAACUAUAGCUUCUGCAACUUGUUUCCUUUUUCCAUUUGCGAUGUGGGAUACAAUCCUAGGCUCAGCAUCUGACAGCAUAGUUAAACUACAACUACCAAGUUGGGCAUACUUGAGUACUGUUUUGUUCGGGAUGGUGCUCAUAUUCUAUGUUGACAAUGUUGCCGAGGAAAAGUUGCAUCUGGUCUUCUCAUCUCCAAGGCACUUAAUGGUUUCAACAGGUUGCAUCAUUGUUUUGGAGAUAUUUUACAAAAUGGAUUUCUCCCUUUUGGGAUUUCUGGUCUGUUCCAUCAUUUUGGGAUUUGGUAUUUUUGAAGCAACUUCUCUUGAGCGCUCAAAGAAAAGCCCUUUAGAGGCGCAUGAACUGUCGAAUGGGGUGUUCCACAAUCAGUUGCCAAUUUCAGCACUUCCAAGCUAAAGGAUAUACCUGGUCAUAACAUGGUCAAUGUCCGUGGUUGAUCUGAAGUUUGAACGAGACAGAAAGCAUGGAUGUUUUUGACCUGCCAAUUUUCAUGUCCCUGUGAUGUCCGUUCCUGUGGCCCACUUGCAUCCUGUAAUCCCAUGUAGAUGUGUAUCCAUAUUCCUCUUGCAGGUAUUGCAAUUGUCACAGUACCCUGUGUCCCUGCGCCCAGUGCUUGUAUUGGUGAAAUUUUGCUGUGCUCACUUACAAACGCAGAUGAUUUUGGUCGGGACGGAAGUGUGUUCUUCUUCUUCUUCUUUUUUUGAGACACUGAAACGUGUAAUCCGUCCAUGAAAUGAUUAACAUGCUGACUCUUUUUACCUGUUAUCA